AUGUCUACCUCUAACGCCGCCGACGACCAAGUGGAACUCUUCAAAGUGAAGAAGCUAAUUAAGUCUCUUCAAGCCGCACGCGGGAAUGGUACGAGUAUGAUUUCGCUCAUUAUCCCGCCUAAGCAACAGAUUCCGCUUAUAGCCAAGAUGUUGUCUGAUGAAAUGGGCACAGCGUCCAACAUCAAGUCCCGUGUGAACCGACUGUCGGUUCUUGGUGCGAUCACAUCAACACAGCAGCGACUGAAGUUGUACAACAAGUGCCCACCAAAUGGUCUUAUUAUUUACUGUGGUACUAUCAUAACUGACGAAGGCAAAGAAAAGCGCGUGAAUAUUGAUUUUGAGCCUUUUCGUCCCAUUAAUACGUCGCUCUACAUGUGUGACAACAAGUUUCAUACCGAGGCACUUGGAGAACUCAUGCAAGACCAAGAUCGUUUUGGCUUUAUUGUCAUGGAUGGUAAUGGUGCACUCUAUGGUACUGUCUCGGGUAGUAACCGUGAAAUUUUGCACAAAUUUUCGGUGGAUUUACCGAAAAAGCAUGGACGUGGUGGUCAAUCAGCGCUGCGUUUUGCGCGAUUGCGUCUUGAGAAACGUCAUAAUUACGUGCGAAAAGUCGCGGAAACGGCGACGCAAAUGUUUAUUACGAAUGAUCAGCCUAAUAUUUCGAACUUAGUGCUUGCAGGAUCUGCGGAUUUUAAAAACGAACUCAAUGGGUCGGACUUGUUUGACAAGCGAUUGGCUGCUAUUGUCGUGAAGGUCGUGGAUGUGUCCUACGGUGGUGAGAAUGGAUUUAAUCAAGCGAUUGAACUAGCUGCCGAGACUCUAGCAAAUGUAAAAUUUGUACAAGAGAAGAAGCUCAUUGUGAGUUAUAUGGAAGAGAUUGCUCAAGAUUCGGGAAAGUAUUGCUUUGGCGUGACGGAUACGAUGAAAGCACUGGAUCUUGGUGCCGUUGAAACGCUCAUUUUGUGGGAAGAUUUGCCUCAUCAUCGGUACACGUUGCGAAACGAGACGACGGGCGUCGAAUCGAUCAAAAUCUUGUCACCGUCAGAAGAAAGUGUGUACUCGAAUUUUGUGGACUCAGAGACUGGUGCGAAGCUGGAAACGGUCGAGCGUGUGCCACUUGUGGAAUGGUUUGCAAACAAUUACAAGCAAUUCGGUACGACGCUUGAAUUUGUAACUGCGCGAUCGCAAGAAGGUUCGCAGUUUUGUCAAGGAUUUGGUGGCAUUGGAGGCAUUUUGCGAUGGAAAGUGGAUUUCAUGGAAAUGGAUUACGAGAUUGAUGACGACUCGGACUUUGACGAAGAAGCGUUCAUGUAG